UUGGCCCUGUAGCAUCGCUAGUCGUGCUCCCCAGUGUGCUCCCCGCCCCCUGCCGCGGCGCCUCCCGGCUCACCUCCCCACCCCACCUGUCUGCUGCGGCUCUCCGCGGGAGAUCUCACCGUUCUGGAGACAGGGCUCGCUCGCUCUCACUGUAUGCUGGAAGAACGGGCUGUCUGGGCCUUAGGAAAGGCCCAUGCUGUAUAAGGCAUGGGGAAAGGAAAGGAAGAAGGGCAACGAACAAGAAGGAGGGCUUCCAACUGCAGCUUCCUGCCGGCUGCAGGCCUCCCUUCCUAAGCUGAGCUGAGGCUUCCUCUCCAUGGGCUGGGGAGGGGGCGCCAGGAGGCCUCGGCGGGUCCGCAAUUGGCCCGGACAGCUUCUCACGAAAGGUCCUGGGCCGGCAUCAUCAGCCUCACCUGGGAACUGGUUAGAACUACAAAUUCCCUCGGCCCCACCCAGACCGACGCCAAGGGCAGCUGUGGAGUGGGGCGCGGCAAUACGCGCGUUAACAGCCCUCCAGCUGCCCGGCCAGCCCGCUUCUCUGCCCGGAGCCAUGAAUCUCAGUAGCGCCAGUAGCACGGAGGAAAAGGCAGUGACGACCGUGCUCUGGGGCUGCGAGCUCAGUCAGGAGAGGCGGACUUGGACCUUCAGACCCCAGCUGGAGGGGAAGCAGAGCUGCAGGCUGUUGCUUCAUACGAUUUGCUUGGGGGAGAAAGCCAAAGAGGAGAUGCAUCGCGUGGAGAUCCUGCCCCCAGCAAACCAGGAGGACAAGAAGAUGCAGCCGGUCACCAUUGCCUCACUCCAGGCCUCAGUCCUCCCCAUGGUCUCCAUGGUAGGAGUGCAGCUUUCUCCCCCAGUUACUUUCCAGCUCCGGGCUGGCUCAGGACCCGUAUUCCUCAGUGGCCAGGAACGUUAUGAAGCAUCAGACCUAACCUGGGAGGAGCAGGAGGAAGAAGAAGGGGAGGAGGAGGAAGAGGAAGAGGAAGAUGAUGAGGAUGAGGAUGCAGAUGUAUCUCUGGAGGAGGAAAGCCCUGUCAAACAAGUCAAAAGGCUGGUGCCCCAGAAGCAGGCGAGCGUGGCUAAGAAAAAAAAGCUGGAAAAAGAAGAAGAGGAAAUAAGAGCCAGCGUUAGAGACAAGAGCCCUGUGAAAAAGGCCAAAGCCACAGCCAGAGCCAAGAAGCCAGGAUUCAAGAAAUGAGGAGCCACGCCUUGGGGGGCACGAUGCAAAGUGGGCCUUCCCUGGGCUGUGCUGCAGGCACAGGGUGCCCCUGUCCAGCCCCUCCAUCUGUGUCUGAAUGCAACAGGGGUGUUGCGGGGGCAACAUGAGAGCCCCUCACCCCCAACUCUCCACUUUCAGGAGGCCCCCAGUGAAGAGCCCCACCUCGGGGUCACAAUAAAGUUGCCUGGUCAGGA